AUGUGUGCCACGUCGCUCGAUUCUCGCGAGAGAGAGAUCGCAAUCGAGGCCUGGCUCCUCGCCAAAAGGUCUCACGACGCCUUGACGUCGGCAUGGACUGCCUCAAAAGAAAAGGUUCGGCUGGCAAAGAACGCCGCCGAAGCCAACGAAUACUGGGCCAAGUUCGAGGGCGUGAGGGCACAGUACGCCUUGAUUGAUAAGGUCGCCCAGCAGAAGGAGCAGUUGGCGCGAAAAUGGAGGCCGGCGGAGGUAAUUAAUAUUGACGAUGACAAGGGGGACUCUGCUCGGGGAGAUGGUGCUCGAGAUAAAGCUACAGAAGAAGCAUCUACCGAGGCUGUCGAGAUUCGCAACAUGAAUCCGCAGAAACCCUUGCGGACCAGCGACGACAUUAGUGCCGGCUGCAAGACUUCCACCUCAGCCAUACCGCAGUUGAGUCUCGACGAACUCCUGCGGUCGACCGUCUCCAUUCGUGGACAUCGAAAGAAGCAAGGGACCAAGCGGCGAGCGGAAGAAAUUGAAGACAACCCCUUGUCCGUCAAAAAGACAAGCUCAAAGCAAGUCUGUUCAGCGGCUACGAACAAACAAGCUACGGCACAAACAUCCCAUGAGCCCGAGAAGCCAGCAAGUCCGAGAAAGGUGUUCAUGAGGAUCCCAGAUCAAAAGAAGCGCCAAAAGUCGUUGGACUAG